CCUCAGACAAGCUAUUUUCCCACUGUAUUCCAAGCUUUAUUCAAUCCGUAGUUCUGGACCUAUGCGGUUUGAUCAGGGAACAACCAACAGGAUUCUUUUUCAGCACGGUCUGGAGAACGCUACGUGCUGACCACUUCCUGAUGCACUAUUAAGUCGACACUGUGAAGCCCCAUUUACAAGUUCACGGAUGUGUAGUAACAGACUGUGACUCAACAGUUGGAGUUAAGUUUCAAUUGUACCUUACCAAUUAAAUCCAGCGGAAUUUUUAAGAUACGGGAUCUCUCAAAACUGGUUGUUGGUCCGAAAAGUUGACAAAGCGUUUCUCGGAUUGUAAUUGGACCUUGAGUGUUAUCAGAGAAAGCUGGAAAUAGAAGGGGAGUUCAUGUGACAAACAAGGCCGAGCCUUGGGGGUUCAGCACGGUUUGUAAGUGAGCGUGUGUACUGGGGAAGGCUCUGCUGGGAGACUGUCCCCCCAGGAGAAUUAUGGGCGGGACAGUAUCUGUCGAUGAAAGCUUCCACGUUGUGAUUGUUGGUGGCGGCUUUGGAGGCAUUGCAGCAGGAAACCGUUUGAAGUCAUACAAUGUUCCAUUCACGUUGAUUGAUGUGAAAGAUGCUUUCCAUCACAAUCCAGGAGCACUCAGAGCAUCAGUGGAAAGUGGAUUUGCAAAGCAGACAUUCAUAUCAUUCAAAGAGACAUUUGCACAGAACUUCAAGCAAGGCAAGGUCAUUGAUAUUGAUUUAGAAAAGCAGGAUGUUAUUUUAGAAAAUGGAGAGACUCUACAUUUUUCCCACCUCAUUUUGGCGACUGGUAGCUCAGGACCAUUCCCUGGAAAAUUUGUUGAACCGGUUACAAUGGAGAAUGCCAUCCAGAUGUAUGAAGAUCUAGUAAAACAGGUUCAAGAAGCUCAGAGAAUUGUUGUGAUUGGAGGUGGAUCUGCUGGUGUGGAAAUGGCAGCAGAAGUCAAAACUGAUUACCCUGAUAAAGAGGUAACUUUGAUUCAUUCCAAGAUUGCUCUGGCUGAUGUUCAACUCUUACCCAGCGUAAGGCAGGGGCUGAAAGAAAUUCUCUUGAAGAAAGGAGUCCAGCUUCAGUUAGGACAAAAAGUCAUCAACAUCCAGGACCUGGUGAUGAAUGAAAUGAAGGCUGACAUGAAAGUACUGACUGACAAAGGAUUGGAGAUUAUUGCAGACCUGGUCAUCUGUUGUACUGGAAUAAGGGUCAAUUCUUCAGCUUAUUCAAAUGCUUUCAAAGAUUGUCUUGCUGAGGAUGGUGCGGUACUGGUCAACCCACAUUUGCAAGUCAUUGGGAUGGAAAAUGUUUAUGCAAUAGGAGAUUGUGCAGAUGUGAAGGAACCCAAAAUGGCUUAUCAUGCUGGACUUCAUGCAGUGGUUGCUGCAGAUAAUAUUAUCAACAGUGUUGGCAAAAAAAAUCUGAAAGUUUACAAACCAGGUUCUCUGACUAUGCUAUUGUCAAUGGGUAGGAAUGAUGGAAUUGGCCAGAUUUUCGGUUGUCAUGUUGGAAAAUUCAUUGUUGUCAUGGCGAAAAGUAAAGAUCUACUAGUUUGGAAAAGCUGGAGAGAAAUGGGUCAAACAAAACCCAGCUGACUACAGAGUGCUUGACACUCUUUCUCCCGUUCUGGAAUGUGCCUUUAUUGGUUUCUUUUAAUGCAUAUUUAAUCCUUUUGAAUUAAAAAUUAUGAUGCUGUAACUUUAUAAAUAAUUUGCAAGUAGAAAUGAUAGAACCUGAACAGAUAUACAGUAGUCAACCAUAACAUGACACAAAAUAUCAACUACAUGUUUUAUAUGGGUGCAGAAAAAGCAGCUUGAUCCCGUUUCUGUUCACUGAUGCUUAUAAAGUUUAAUCACUGCAAACAAUAAAUAGACUUUUAAAAUCCACACUGUAAGUAAUCUAAUCUAAAAUAGUGUUUUUGUAUAGUAUUUGCACAUCAAAUAUUUAUAAUAAAGUACUUUUCAGAUAGCAGGGAAGAAACCAUCUACAUUGCAUUUGUAUCUGUUGGAGACCGAUUUGUAUGAGCCAAGACCUGUUUUUCUUUUGAUCAGGGAAUGCAUGUGUAUCCAAAACUAAAAGUGGUGAGAUGAUAUUUUCAGCAAUUAUUCUGGUUGAAAUUUCUCAGCUGGUCACAAUGUAAAUGGGCCUGGAAAGCCUAAGUUUAAAUUCCAGUAAUGAGUUCAUUGAUUCCAACAGAAUAAUUGUUCAAACACUCUAAUUGGCCUUAUCAACUCUUAGUCAGAACAUUCCUUUCUGUUACUAUCUAGGACGUCUGCUGGAAAAGCAAAGUAUUGGGAUCGUAUCCAAAGACUGGGUCGGAUUUGGUUUUGUUUCUUUUUUUUUAAACCCCUGGUUCCUAUCCCUUUUAUCUUUUCCUGUUCAGGCUCCUUAUUGAACAGUGUCCCUGAGAUUGAGAAACAAGAGUUAAGUCUCAAUUGACUUCUCAUCAACAUCUUUAAUAAAUUCCUCUGAAUUAAUGUUUCUGAAAGUUCAGAAAUGCCAUAUGUUGUAUCCCAGUGGAAUCCCAACACUAGAUUAAAAGCUUGAUCACCAACAAAUCCAUAUAUGUUAAGGUAUUUCUGUAUUAUUGAAUUUUGAUGUUUCUUCUGGACCUUUCAAUGUGAACAUCAUCACUUUAGUUUUUUUGUGACUUGAGAGAAAUUAAAUUAUCAAGUUGCAGCAAACUAGAGGUGCUGAAAUCAGGUUGAUCAAUAUCCACUUAAAAAUGUUGGCUAUGAUGAAAUCUGCAGCAUUAGAUCUAUCUUUUCUAAAUUUAAGUGGGUAACUGGAGCAAAAUUGUGUUGUCCACUGUAGCUGUCUAUAAUGAUGGCCUUUAUGGAGUAUUCUAGGCCAUGUGAACUUAGCACCAUAAAGUCCAGGACUCUAAUCCAGUGAUGAUGAACGGUUUGGCAAUAUAAGUUCAAGGUUUAUGAUUUGGAUGUAGUGAUCGUCUCCCAACAUUGAGUAUUCUCCAUUGCAUUGAUGUAGAAAGACUGGUAAGUUAUAGAAACUGCAUGCUAGCAAUGUAGUGAGCAGCUAUUCAGUCUAUUCUUACCAUUAUUUUCCCAUGAAAUACCAGUCAAUUUUUAUUUUUGUGAUAAAAUGGCCAGGCUGAAAACUAUAGUCAGCUAUUUCUUUAACCAGAAUUGUAUAAGUGCAUAUCAAAGGACUGAACAAAUAACUCAAUUGACUUUAUUCUAAAUCACCACAUUAUUGAAGGGUAAGCCUCAGCACUUAACUGAGAUUGUAUGUAACCUGACUAACAUGGGCUCUUAUGAUGCAGUGGUAAAGUCCAUACCUCCUAGAGCAGAUUGAUUAGAAAAAACUUACAAUCUGACUAAACAGUUAGUGUUCUCCCAGUUAGGUAUAGAUUCGGAAAGCACGGAAACAAACUCUUUGGUCCAACCAGUCUAGACCAACUAUAAUCCCAAACUAAACCAGUCCCACCUUUGUGCUUGGCUCAUAUCCCUCCAAAUAUUUCUCAUUAAUGUACUUAUCAUUUGGUAUCUCUUUCAUGUGAACAUCUCAUCCAUAAGUCCAAGUCUGACCUUGCAAGAGCAUUAAAGCUCAAAUCAGCACAAGGCUGAAUUGAAACCAAUAUUUCUUAGCAGUAAAGAUAUGUACUCAUGAGGAACAGGUGCAGCCCUCAAUUGCAAUAUCUGAAAUAUGCUGCAAAUAAUAUUCACUUCUAAAUGAGCUUCUAAUGAACUAUUAUUAUAAUUUCUAGACUCAUGCCUUAAGAUCAAAGAAUAAAAUUUUAACAAUUUUGAAGUUUUAUAGUAUAUGCUUAAACCUCUUUACCAAAAAGGUCAGUUUUAGUGAGGAGAUAGUUAGAGAUAAAGUGUUUUGAUCAUUGACCCUAACGUCCUUGUCAGGCGUGAUAUCAUACUUUGCUUAAGAAUGUUCCUAUAAAAUCCCUUGGUCCAUGUUAAUGUAGUAAAGGUGCUAUAUAAAUGGAAGAUGUUACUUUAUGUACUCAGCUCUAAUCUGAGAUUUCUGAUUUCAUUGCAGGAGUUUGAGUAUCAGUUACUGUCAGCAAAUAUGCAGUUAUUCUAAGAUUCAGCACACUGGAAUUGUAUUUACAGAAAACAUGUGGUUCCCUUUGUAAGAUGCUCUGCCCCCAUUUGGGUGGAGGGAGAAAAUUGUUGAUUGGUUUUGUAUGAAUCAGCAGACAUUCUUUAAUCUCGGUCCUAAAAUAUUGUUAGGGCACUUAUGCCUAAUUUCUGGCUUUGCCGAUGCACUGGGAUAUUCUGUCAACAGUUCAGUUUAAAUUUGUGUAAUGUUUGUUUGAAUCCAGUUUAAACUGCUAAGAAAACAUGGUCUCUUUGGUUUAAAUAAAAUGUUGCAAACCUUUACAGAUCAA